UAUGAAAUUACGAAGAUAAUCAAUCAAUAAUGGAUAAUAUUCUACGAACUCUUCAAAAGAAUGCGAGAGAGCGUGAAGAGGAGGAGACGCAGAGACGACGAAUCGAAUUGGCUCACAAGUUGGAGCCAUAUUUAAUAGGAUAUUUGACACGGAAAAAAUUUCACGGGAAGAUUAAAACAUUCCGGCCGACAUUCUUUAACGAUUUCAAUGAUUUGGAAAAGAGCAACAAGACGCUUCUGCCAGUUGCUCAAAUGCUCGUAAAAGUUCCAAGAGUUAUUGAAAAUUCGAGAGAAAACAAGGAUAUACAGAUGCUAUGUAACAUUUGCCGUCACUUGAUAAUCUCAAUAGACUCACCAUCAAAAGAAAUCAGCUUCGUCGCUGCAUUUCUGAAUAAGGAUACAAUAAAAGAAGCGACUUCCCUAAUAACUUCGAUUUUCUCUCAAAUUCCUCAAAUUCUGUGCUCAAUUAAUGGAGAACGGGCGGCUGAGCUGAAGCAGUGGCAAUGUUUGAUUCAUUUUGUAAUUGUAUUCUCAUCGAGUUCGAAUUGGCUUCUUGUUAGGAAUGCUCCACAAGUUCAGACUGUGCUUAAUGGGCUUUGUGUCAAAAUGAUGAGCUUGUUCUAUGAGCCAAAGGGAUAUGAGCAGAUGGCGACCUCCCUAUUUGUCUCCGUAAACGGCCACAAACCACUAAUCAACGUGGAAACAGUCAAUGCACAAUUCUCAAUUCUCUGUAAACCUCUGAAAACCGAAAAUCCGGAGCUUUUCUCAAUUUUUGUGCUCAAAGUGCUCACGUGUCCGGCUCUCCUGGUCCAUCUCAACGCCCAACACGUGGAAUUGUUGAAAACCACGAAAAUUUUCGAAAAAACGUUGCACUGGCUUCGCGCCAACGCCGAGGAGAUCGAAACCGGCAUGGACGUGCGAUUAUUGAUUAAUUUGUUGGCUAAUUUGGUGCAUUUCGCCUAUAUUAAUGAUAAGACACUGGAGUCAAAGCUUUAUGAGUGGACGUGGGCUGUUGGAGUGUCACUUUCUAGAUGCACUGAGCUCACCGUAAAGCAUGGUGGCACAAAAACGAGCCUACACUAUUGGCAUCCAGUAUUCGGUCAUUACUUGCUUCCAAUCGAUAAACGUACUGAAGGAGCCCUGAGAAAUGUGCUCUUUCAGCUUAAAAUGUUGUGGAGCUCACGUGUUGUUCGAUGUCUUUUUGGAAAUAUUAUGGAGAAUACGAAGACGGCGAGCUUUUCGGUUACUGAUGGACAGAAGAAUUCGAAGGAUAUUAGUGCAGCGUUUAGCAAACUCUGGCGAAAACUGGGUGGCUCAACAGACUCGGCGAGCAGCAGCUCAAAAUCGGAAAGUGAACCACCGCCCACACUAAUUGCAAUAGUCUGUCAAGUGUACAUGACAGCUCUAAAUACAAUGGUUCAUAUGAAAGGAGAAAUUAUUUCGGGGCUCUGUAGAGACGAUCAACUCCUCAAACAGCUAUGGACAUAUUUGAGAGAAUGGGGAGAGAAGGCCGGCGGCACGAGUGGAUCGAUUUUUAAUUCGUCAAAUGCCGAGCAGUGGGGACCGGUAUCAGCUUCUCUGCAAUCUCUCAAGAGACCCAGCUCACCGCAUACUGCCACACUACGACUUUUUGUUGAUUGCGCCGCCGCGAUUAUUUCAAUUCUCGACGAGGAGGAGAUUUUCGAAAAAGAGACCCCAUUCUCGAAUAAGGAACUGGAAUCAAUAUGUAAAUAUGUGAAUAUAUUCUGUUUUCGAUCGAUUUGGAGUGGAGCUGUUGACGAAACGUCGGCAAACACGACGGGACUAUUUCACAGUAUGCACUCACUGCUCACAGUUUUAUACGAACGGGAUAGCCGGCGAUCGUUUGCGGCGAAUGAUUCCAAAUUUUGGCUCAUUUCCGAAGUGAAGCCCUCCUCAUUGACAAUUGAAUACGAGAAAAAAUCGGGAAAAGGUGUUCUAAUGAUGCGAAAAAUGGCUCAUUUAGUACCAAUCAAAGAUCGAAUGCUUCUUUUUCGGCGGCAAGUUCAAGAUGAUAAAAAUCGCGUCGCCACUUCACUCAAUGAUCCACAAAUGCAAACGUGGAUUACUGUACAGAGAAAUCGAAUUAUUGAAGACGGAUUUAAUCAUUUGUCGAAAUUAACGAUUCCGGCACUAAAAUCCACGAUUCGUGUGAAAUUUGUCAACGAACAGGGUCUUGAUGAGGCUGGAAUUGAUCAGGAUGGAGUAUUCAAAGAAUUUCUCGAACUUACACUGAAAAAAGUUUUCGAUCCACAGUUGAACCUUUUUUCGACGACUUCAACGGGAGUACUGUACCCAUCACCAACAUCAUCCCUCCAUGACGAUCAUCUCGCCCUCUUCACAUUUGUCGGUCGAAUGCUCGGAAAAGCAGUUUACGAGGGAAUUGUCGUCGAUGUUCAACUUGCUCCAGUGCUCCUGGCGGCUGUGCUCGGAAGUCAUAGAUUAUGUGCAUUUGAUGAAUUGAGCCAAUUGGAUCCAGAACUAUACAGAAGUUUGACUUUUGUGAAACGAUAUGAGGGUGAAAUGGCCGAUUUAUCACUGACUUUUUCCGUCGAUGAGGAUUUUAUGGGAAAGAUAUCGACGGUUGAUUUGGUGCCGAGUGGAAGGACGAUUUCGGUUACAAAUGAGAAUAAAAUCGACUAUGUGCACCGAAUGGCUCAUCACCGAGUAUUCCGACGAACCCAGGAACAGUGCAAGGCGUUCGUCACCGGAAUGCAAUCGAUCCUUCAGCCGACGUGGCUGUCACUGUUCGCUCCGAAUGAUUUGCAAUGUCUGAUUAGUGGAGUCAAUUCAGACAUCGAUCUGGCGGAUCUGAAGCGCAAUGUGCAAUAUUUCGGAGGAUUCCAUGGAAACCAUCGGCUUAUUAAAUGGCUUUGGGAUAUUCUUGAGAACAAGUUCACUUCAGAAGAGAGGAAACUGUUCCUAAAGUUUGUCACUUCUUGCUCGAGACCUCCUGUUCUUGGAUUUUCGUAUCUCGAGCCGCCCUUCUCCAUUCGAUGCGUUGAAGUUUCCGACGAUCAGGAUCAGGGAGACACCUUGGGAAGUGUGGUUCGUGGAUUCUUGGCUUUGAGAAAGGGAACUGCAGCUACUCGACUUCCAACUGCGUCCACCUGCUUUAACUUGCUAAAGCUUCCGAAUUACAAUAAGAAGUCACUGCUGCUCGAGAAACUUCGUUACGCGAUCCACGCUGGGACUGGAUUCGAGCUUUCCUAAAUUCCUAAUUAUUUAUUACAUAUUUUUAUUGCUUACUGGUAGUUUGAAUUUGAUUUCUAUAAAACAAUGAACAGAAUCAU